UCCCUCUUGUCAACCUGCAUUUAUAUACUGUACGCGCACAGUUUAAUUUUUCCCAUCACUAUAUAUACUUCGUAUUAUAGAUGCGGAGUAUUAUAUAUGUAUGGCAUGAGUUCAUCCAUCUUCCAUUAUUCAUGACUUCUUCACUCUCUGUCCGUUUCAUGGUUCUGAUCCUAGCGGCGAACUUUCAUUGGUCAAGCAAUGCAGCUGGUAACUGGCCACCUUCCCCGGGCUACUACCCUAGUUCAAGGUUCAGGUCCAUGAGCUUCUAUGAUGCUUAUAGGAACCUUUGGGGUGCAAACCAUCAAAGCGUGGACAACAAUGGUUUAACCAUUUGGCUUGACCAGACAUCAGGAAGCGGGUUCAAGUCACUCAAGCCAUUCCGGUCGGGGUAUUUUGGAGCAUCCAUUAAGCUUCAAUCUGGUUACACUGCAGGAACCAACACAGCCUUCUACCUGUCAAAUGCUGAAGUUCACCCAGGGUUCCAUGAUGAAGUGGACAUGGAGUUUCUUGGAACCACAUUUGGGAAGCCAUAUACAUUGCAGACCAAUGUGUAUGUGAGAGGAAGUGGGGAUGGAAAUAGUAUUGUGGGCAGAGAGAUGAAGUACCAUUUGUGGUUUGACCCUACAGCUGAUUAUCACCACUAUGCUAUCUUUUGGAGUCCUAGAGAGAUCAUUUUUCUUGUUGAUGAUGUGCCAAUAAGGAGAUACCGUAUGAAGAGUAUUACCACAUUUCCACGAAGGCCAAUGUGGAUAUAUGGAUCCAUUUGGGAUGCAUCACCAUGGGCAACUGAAGAUGGAAAAUACAAGACAGAUUAUCGAUAUCAACCGUUUGUCGGGAAAUUCAAGAACUUCAAAGUGAGUGGGUGCACCGCCUAUGCCUCGCGGCGGUGCCGACCUGUGUCUGGUUCACCAUACCCCUCAGGCGGCCUUACAAGGCACCAAGGCAGGGCAUUGAAGUGGGUUAAGAGUCACUACUUGGUGUAUGACUAUUGUAGUGACCACAAGAGAGAUCAUUCUCAAACUCCGGAAUGUUGGCUUUAAACAUAAAUUAGUUUAUUUGUUGCAUUUAUCACCCAAUAUAUAUGUUUCAUUUGUUGAGAACCAAAGACUUGAGAUAAUACCUGGAGUACAGAAUAAGGAAAUGAAAGUAAAAAGUCAAGUUGCACUCGGC